ACCUCGAGGGAAUAUCGUGAUAAUGUGCCGUCCGUUUGAGAUACUUUCGGUGUCGCUGGUGGCGCUGUUGGCGUUAGCGGUUCUUCCACUCGCAAGUCCCGCUCCCGGCCAGCCUAAACAGUACAAGUGUACCCUCGUGAAUGAGGAUGGUUUUUGUUUCGUGGAAAAUGUACUGCUCGACGUAACGGUCAACGGUGGUCUGGAUCCAAAUGUCCAGUUCCCGCAGCAUCCGACGGUGUUGAUCAAAUCCGGUUCGAUACCGUACUUCGGGAAGGAUAUCUUCGCGCUUUUGCAAGGCACUCGUCAGUUGCAUGUGUACAACAACACCUGCAUCAAGCGGCUAUUCAUCCCGGCGACGAAUCUAACCGAGAUCAACGUGCAGCGUAACGGGUUGACCGAGCUGGAGGUGGAAGCGACCGAAAACCGCGAACUCCGGAUGCUCUCGAUCGUGCACAACGCAAUCGCGAGUGUUCCGCGCAACAUCCGAUUUCUGAUAGGGCUGGAGAAGCUCUACCUCUACAACAACUCGAUCGAGUACCUCGACCUGGAGCUGCUGGCCAACGCGUCCAGCUCGCUGAAGAUCCUCUCGAUCUACGACAACCGCAUCAAGACGCUUGACUCCCGGGCCGGUCUGCGGUUUCCCAAAAUUCAGACACUCUCGAUGAGCAAGAACAAGAUGUCGUUCGUGCCGUACUUCGUCGAGGCGUUCCCGGCUCUGACGGUGGUGUCGUUGCGCAAGAAUCCCUGGAACUGCCACUGGCUGCGCACGGUCAUGGGCCACAUCGAGACGCGCAAGAUCCAGGUGGUGCGGAAGGAUGCGACCUGCCGCGAUCGCUGGGUGAGCGAGAUCUGCUGUACGCACUCGCUGAUGGAUUACCUGUUCAGCUGGCAAUCGGAACAGCUGGAACGCGAGCAACAAACGGUCCGUAACCUUGCAGCCGAAAACCAGCGACUGGUGGAGACGGUGAACCGGCUGAGCGGUGACGUACACAUGCUGCAGGCACAGUUCCAGCAGCUCCAGCCGCAGCAGAACACCUCCAGCACCGUCGCUCCGUGAUGAUCAUAUGGCGAGAAGAAUCUUAUCUUUGAAGAAUAAAGCGAAUGA